GUCAAUCAAACUUUUUUUUUUCAUCUCCUCAACCCUUUCGUCCCUCUCAAGCUCCCAACCUUGUCGACCAUCGAACUCGGAGGAUUGCCCCUGGAGACGAAAGUAACGACGACAUUAACGCCACAACAAACAACAACAGCGCCUUGGGAUUCCUUCGUAAGCUGCACGGCUUCUCUGUGCACUGCGCCCGAAGGACCUGACAGAGUCUUAGCGGACCCGGAAUCGGAAACAAAUCGUGCUUCUCAUCGCAUUAGCUAAGCCAUUCAUUCGUUCACUUGGGCGUUCGGAAAAAUCGGGUUGCUGGUUUUUCUCUCUGGGGGAUCCCGACCAUUCGAUCCUUUCAUCCCUUCGCACAUCACACUCUAGUGUCAACAAACUUUCGGAGGUCCUAAUCAAUCGAUCCAGAGUUUUCCCGCUGCAACAGCUUCCUCUCUGUUGCUUCUUGGUUCUUUUUUUAUUUUAUUUUUUUGUUUCUCUAUUCGAUUUUGUCUCCAAUUGAACCAACAAAACUCUGGGACGGCUGGUUUUAUUUUACGAUAUCACCACGAGGCUUCGAUAAGGUCGGAUAGUCGACGCCACCUACGGAGCCAACGACCAGGCCGCCCGCCUUCUCCCUGGUCUAUUCUCUCAGCCAACCAAAGUCAAAAGCCUGUGUCCGCUUGCUUGUACCUACAGGUAGGCCAUUGGGUUUACGACUCUAAUUAGCACUGGUCGCCAUUGAAUUGGUCGAGGUGCCUGUCCACUUCUUGCUAUUGUCGCUGCGAGGAUCGGAUAUCCUGGUUGUUUGGAUCUGUUUCUUCGACGCCUUCUAUGGCUUGCACCCUGAGAAGUCUACUUCUACUUGCCACCACGGUACCACUGUACCUGUUGCCCUGAUUGUGGACCAAAUUUAUGUUCGGAUCCGUCACAGAGCUGGUGUGCGGCGUCGUUGUUACUCUGCAAUCGAGACUUGGGACGGGCACAUAGGCUACCAAACCUUCUUGCCCAACGAUCCGACGUAUUGCAGAGUAUCCUGACUCCUUUAAAAAGGUUUAUUUUCAGUCCCUUCAACAUGUCCAGCAGUAACUCAACCGUCGAAACAUCGGCGGCGGCGCCGAGCACUUCGGCUCCUGCCUCUCCGACGCCAACAACACCCACUACAUCAACCCCUCCUCCCCCGACGACCACAUCAACUACUUCGACACCGCAGUCAACUCCUCCGACGACCACAGCACCGCCGCCGGCGUCGACUACCACUACUCAACCGCCGCCAGCUUCAUCGACGACACAACCUCCACCGACAACUCAGGUCGUGACCACAAUUGUAGACCCAUCUAACCCAGGCAGCACCAUCACGCAAACGAUAGUGCAGACCAACCCGGCAGCCAGCACGCCUGCAUCUACCUCUGCACCAGCAACUAGCCAACCCCCUGCGAACAAUGGAGCGAGCGGCAGCGGCGGAUCAGGAAUGUCUGGCGAGGCUAAGAUUGCCGUUGCAGUGGUAGUACCAAUCGCGGCGGUCGCACUACUCGUACUUGCUGCUCUGUGGUUCUGGCGCAAGCGCAAGGCUCGCAAGGAAGCCGAAGAACAACGCCGCAAGGAGGUGGAAGAGUAUGGCUUCAAUCCCAACGCUGACGGGCCAACUGUUCCAAAUGUUGGUGGGGGUUCUUAUGCUAUGGCGGAGGACACAUCUUCAGGUUACCGGGGCUGGGGCUCAACAACCAUGGCAGGCUCAACCGGACGCAAGGCUUCGACGACUAUAUCCAGUGGCGCGGCGGCGGGUGCCUUCUCGGAUAUUAACUCCCCUGUUCGGGGCAACAACAUGUCGGAUUCGCGUAGUAGCGAGCCGCUCAUGUAUGAUCACGCCCAUGGCGACGGUUCGAUAUCCCCCGAGGGAGAGAUUCUGGGAGCCAUGGGUCCCUCAGCUGCAGCAAACCGUGGCGCCGACGUGCGUAGGGGCCCGUCGAAUGCGUCUUCGUCUUAUAGCGCAGCGGCUCGCUCCGAUGGAUCCGGCGACAUGAACGGUAUUGGCAUGGCCUAUGGCGGCGAUCAGCCCUCAUACGGUGCCGGCAACGCCUACGGCAUCAACAGUCCCUACGCGGACAACUAUGGCAGCAGCCCCCCUGGCCCUACAUCCGGAAUGGUCAACGGCGGACGCGGCGCCGACUUCAAUGGUGGCACCAGCUCGCCCAUAAUUAAGGACAACCCGGCUCGUCGCAACACUCGCAUAGAAAACUCAAGUCACUACCCACAACAGGCUGCCGGUAUUUCUCAGAACUUCUAAACUCCCUUUAAAGAUUGCCAACUCAACACCUCGCAAGUCUCGCCUGCUGGAUAGACAGGCGUAAUCCACCGUAUAUAAACGUCACCAAAAGCACCAUAAUGCGUUAAAUCGCUCUGGGAAUACUGCCCACGAUACCCGAUCUUUCCGAUUUCCUUAUGUCGCUACCUUAUUAUACUUUUAUUAUGGAGACGAUGGGCUCCAUCCAGUAUGGGAUUCGAUUCUUCCCCCAGCCUGCGGCCGACACGGCCGUCUCUUAGAGUCUGUACGUUUCGGGCGUCUUGAGAACAUGUUUGAAGCGCUUGUCGGACCUUUCUCUUUUGUCUCAAACCCUUUUCUGUCAUGUCUGCAUAUUUUGCACACCUUGCAGAUGGCGUUCUCCUUGCUUGUUCACUUGAUAUUUUUCUUAUUCUCCACGAUACAUAUUUGAACUGGCUCUUGUUCACUUUUGGCUGUUUUUUUUUUUUUCCACAUGUGUAACCUAGCUCUACAUAAUGAAACAACAUUUGGUAGCGAAGAACUGCAUGAGAAUUUGCGUGCCC